AUGUCGUUUACUCUACUGGUCGUCGCCUCCAUUGUCAUCUUACCAUUCUUGACUUACUAUACAACUUCAACUUUAUUCAUCCGACGGUCCAACAGCAAGUUGACUGGCAAAGAGCCACCCACGAUACCAUAUUUCGUCCCUGGGCUAUUCAGCGCCGCUGCCUUUGCUCAAUUGGGCGCUCGAAGAUACUUUGCGGAGCUUAUCAAAGAUUAUGGUGCGUUCGCUCCGUUUAGAGUUCGAGCGGGGCUGCGCUCUUAUGUCGUUUUGCGAGAUCCCACGCACAUGCGAAGGGUAUUAGAAGCCAAAGACCAUCUGACCACCAGAGCUGCCAGAGUCGAGAUGUCUGACAAGCUGUUCGGAUCACCAGAUGCCGAUAGUCAUUCUCAUAAGAGCGAAGCCAGAAAUCACGAGGAGGCCAAGGAGAGUCUACCCAAUGACGGUUGUUUCCAUAUCUCCGACGCUGCUUUGACGUCGAGUAUCGACAUUUACAUCUCUAUCUUGUCUGCAAACAUGCACGACAAGAUGUUUCAGUAUGAUACCUGGACGCGCAUCGAAGAUCUGUGGUCGUUCUUUCAGUUGGUGAUCGUGCGCUGCACGAUCCAGACGCUCUUCGGAUCUGUACUGUUGAAGCAAUAUCCUAGGAUGGUGCGCGACUACAUCGACUUCAACGCUGCAACAGAAGGCUUUGUGUCUGGCAUGCCUCGUGUCAUGGUUUCCAGUGCAGCGAAGCCGCGCGACCGCUUGCUUGAGGGCAUGAAGAAUUGGGUACCCAUGGGUCGCGGUGAGUCGGACACCGAUGAAACGGAACAGGGCAGGGAAUCAGCCACCGUCUAUCCAACAUGGGACGAGAAAACAGGAUUACUCGUCGUUCGAGAACACAUCAAUCAAUGCCACAGCAUCUCCAAGCGCAAAUACUACAUGCUAAAGGGUACAGCUGCAGAGGUACUGGGCAUCACACAUGCAACCAGCACCGAACUAUUAUCCUCUACCUUCUGGACAACGAUCGAAACCUUGCGAAAGUCACAUCUUACCCGCAACAUGACAGCUACCAUUGCCCAGCACUUUUCCCCCAUUAUACACAAGUACGACGUUCUCGGAUUGGUUCAGGACCCGGGCGUCAGGUCACUCCAGACCGAAGUUCGCAGGCUUCGGACAGCAGCCUGUGUGAUGCGUACCAACGAGACUGACGGCUUCCCACUGGACAAACAAUGGUCGCUACCCAAAGGAGCCACAGUGGCCAUGUUCUCUCAUGAUAUCGCCCUCAAUACCGACGUGUGGAAGAAAGCUCAGCCCCGAGCUUUGGAAAGGCCACUCGAAGAGUUCUGGGCCGAGCGCUUUACUUUGCCUGAGCAGAGUAGGAACAAGAGACCUGCUGGCGUGGAAGAAACAAACGAGUCCGAUGCUGGAGAAUUUGGAGAUCUUAUCAUGACGCUUACCGCGUGCGAUCAGUUUCCGGGCUCCCGCUUCAUCUCAGCCAUGCAAACGGCGACGCUGGCGGUGAUUUUUGCCGAAUUCGAGAUUCAGUUGAGCGACGCCGAGGAAGUAGAUGCAGUGUUGCCUCCUCUGCGCGCGUUUGCAUACGGCACAGUGAAGCCACUGGAUAAGAUCGCUGUGCGUGUUCGAAAGCGCCGAACAUAA